AUGACGGCAUUUUUUCCCAGUGUUCCCAACUGGAUUCAAGAUGCAAAGCAGGAGGAGGAAGAGACAGGCUGGAAAUUAGUCCCCAGACCAAGAGGUGAAGAGACCGACAGUCAGGGCAAGUGCCAAUGUGAAAUCUCAGACUCCUCCUUUCCCAGCACAGACAAGCUGAGGCCUCACACGCUGCCCCACCCUGAGCAGAGACCCUACAACUGCCCCCAGCUGCACUGUGGGAAAGCCUUUGCUUCCAAGUACAAGCUCUACAGGCACAUGGCCACGCACUCGGCUCAGAAGCCCCACCAGUGCAUGUACUGCGAGAAGAUGUUCCACCGGAAGGACCACCUCCGGAACCACCUGCAGACCCACGACCCCCACAAGGAGGCUCUGCACUGCCCCGAGUGCGGCAAGAACUACAACACCAAGCUGGGCUUCCGGCGCCACCUGGCCAUGCACGCGGCGGCCAGCGGGGACCUCAGCUGCAAGGUGUGUCUGCAGAGCUUCGAGAGCACCCAGGUCCUGCUGGAGCACCUCAAGGCUCACUCUCGGCGGGCCUCUGGGGGAGCCAAGGAGAAGAAGCACCCGUGUGACCACUGCGACCGGCGCUUCUACACCCGCAAGGACGUGCGGAGACACCUGGUGGUGCACACGGGGAGGAAGGACUUCUUGUGCCAGUACUGCGCCCAGAGGUUUGGGAGGAAGGACCAUCUGACCAGGCACAUGAAGAAGAGCCACUCCCAGGAGCUGCUGAAGAUCAAAACGGAGCCGGUGGACAUGCUGGGCCUGCUGAGCUGCAGCUCAUCCGUGGCAGUGAAGGAAGAGCUGAGCCCUGUCCUGUGCAUGGCAUCCAGAGACAUGAUAGGUGGGAAGAGCUUCCCGGGCGUGUUGCCUGUGGGCAUGUACAGCACACAUCUCCAGACCAUGCCCAGCUCAGGGAUGCCCCAUUCUUUGGUUCCUAAUUCUCUUCCGUUUUUUCCGAUGGGAAUGAGCUACCCUCUGGAGCUUUCUUCUCCCAUCUCCUCCCCACCACAACCUCCUCCAAAGUAUCAGCUUGGAUCUACCUCAUAUUUGCCUGAGAAACUUCCCAAAGUAGAGGUGGACAGCUUCUUGUCAGACUUCCCUGGCAGCCUGUCUCUCUCAUCUGGUGAGCCUCAGCCCUCUUCGCCUCAGCCGCCCCCCCUGGAGGAGGCUUUGCUUUCCAAGAGCCCUGCUAACCUCUCAGAGGCUCUCUGUGCUGCUAACAUGGACUUCUCUCAUCUUCUUGGCUUCCUCCCCCUCAACCUUCCUCCUUGCAAUCCCCCUGUGUCAUCAGGGGGGUUGGUCAUGGGCUACUCGCAAGGGGAGGCACAGCCACUGCUUUCCACUUUGCAACAUCAACCUCAAGAGUCUCCUGGAGCUGGGGCCCCCCUGAACUUUGGGCCCCUCCACUCGUUGCCCCCUGUCUUCACCUCCAGCCUGAGCACAACCACGCUGCCGCGUUUCCACCAGGCAUUCCAGUAA